CGGAACUGUUUUCCAAAAGCAAACUCACAAAUCAAAACUCGACUCGGUAACGUCUCGCAGAAAUAUUUUUUAAAAUUCCAGUGCUUGAAGUAGGAUAGAAAGAUGAUGUCCACCAUGUGUUCGCGGCUGAAGAACUGGCCACGUCUGCUGAAUCGCUUCGUGCGGCAGCUGAGGACUCCGCUGCAGAUCGCCCGCCACUCGAUCCACCAGUUCGCCCGCUUUUCCAGGAAAUCCUCGCGGGAUCCCUACCUCAUCACGGUGGUGCAGGGAAGAUCGAAGAAGCCGCGAUACCCAGGUGAUCAGCGGGCCAACCAGCGAUUUGGCGAGGACAGCUGGUUCGUCAGCUCCACGCCCCUGGCCGAGGUGAUGGGCGUGGCCGAUGGCGUGGGCGGCUGGCGGGAUUUGGGCGUGGAUGCGGGUCGCUUUGCCAAGGAGCUGAUGUCCUGCUGCUCCGGGCAGACUCAGAGUUCCGGCUUCGAUGGACGCAAUCCUCGGGACUUGCUCAUCGCCGGCUAUCAGGAGUUGACCCACCGGGAGAAUCCUGUGGUGGGCAGCAGCACCGCCUGCGUGGUCACGAUGCAUCGGAGGGACUGCACCCUGUACACCGCCAAUCUGGGGGACAGUGGCUUCCUGGUGGUGCGAAAUGGCCGGGUGCUGCAUCGCUCCCAGGAGCAGACCCACGAUUUCAAUACCCCAUAUCAACUGACUGUGGCUCCGGAAGAUCGGACGGAAGCCUUCUAUAUGGACACUCCGGAGAUGGCCGUGUCCACCAGGUACUCCUUGCUACCUGGGGAUCUGGUGCUCCUGGCCACGGAUGGGCUGUUUGAUAACAUGCCCGAGAGCAUGUUGCUCAAGAUCUUAAACGGCCUGAAGGAGAGGGGAGAACGAGAUCUUCUCGAGGGCGCCAGUCAGUUGGUGGAAAAGGCCAGGGAGCUAUCUUUGAAUGCCAGCUUUCAAUCGCCCUUCGCCCUGAAAGCAAGAGAAUACAACGUUCCCUAUUCCGGCGGCGGCAAGCCCGAUGACAUCACCCUAAUCCUGGCCAGCGUCGAGGUGCCAAACGCCUAGCCAAAGUCAAGAGUCAGUGUGUCGCCAGCAGAAGGCGUUUGCGGCAAAUAUUUUUUCGUGUCUAUCAGCAGUCGGCGAUAAAAAACCCAAAUAUACUUUGUUUAUAAAGAUCUAGGCCCCAAAAAAAUACAGGAGCAGGCAUACAAUUAUGGAAAUAUCUUGGCAAUA